CCCUCUUUUUCGAGCCAAACCCAGGGCUGCUCCACAAGCCGAGACAGCGAGCCUGUGCUUGGCGAGCACCAGGAGCCGGGAACCAGGAGCCUCUCGUCUGAAAGGUGCCCAAAGCCACGGAUGGGGCAACCGGCCCACGGCGAGGGGUUGCAGCCGGCCCAUCUUUAAGGUCCGCUCCAACCUAAGCCAUCCUACGAAAGGCGCGGACCCGCUCGCAGGCUGCGUUGGAAUUUCCUCCCGUCUAUGCCACCUAGUGCCCGACGCCAGAACUGGGGCUGCCCCGACCUCACCGCAGCCCUCGGAGCAGCCCGGCUCCCCGGGGACGGGUCUCCCUCCCCUCGGCGCUGUGCCGGGCUCUGGGUGCCGGCGGGACCCCGACAGGGGCUGCAGAAAGAUGAGGAAGCGCUAUGUGGUGACUGGGGUCCUGACUGCAGUCCUGCUGGGGCUCAUCUUGUUCCUGGCACUCUUCUUCGGGCUGCGCUCUGACUCGGUGGACACACACGUCUAUAAAAGAGCAGCUGUGGCUACAGACGCAGGGCCGUGCUCAAUAAUUGGAAGGGACAUCCUUCAGCAAGGUGGAUCUGCUGUGGAUGGUGCGAUUGCAGCUCUGCUCUGUGUUGGACUCAUGAACGCUCACAGCAUGGGCAUUGGAGGAGGGCUCUUCUUUACCAUCUAUAACAGUGCAGGAAAUGUGGAAAUCAUUAAUGCGAGAGAGGUGGCUCCUAAAAGAGCAACAGAAGACAUGUUUGGGAACAACACACAGAUCUCUCAGAAAGGUAAAGGCAAAGGCUCUUUCCAGUUCCCUUUAUGGUGACUCCUGGAACUGGAG